AUGUCCGGCAACACUGAGACCUUUGGCUUUGCCGCCGACAUCAGCCAGCUUUUGGAUUUGAUCAUCAACACUUUCUACUCCAACAAGGAGAUCUUCCUUCGUGAGCUCAUCUCAAACUCUUCCGAUGCUCUCGACAAGGUUCGUUACAAUGCUCUCACCGACCCCUCGGUUCUCGAGACCGAGAAGGAGCUCUACAUCCGAAUCACCCCGGACAAGGAGAACAAGUGUCUCACCAUCCGUGACACUGGUAUCGGUAUGACCAAGGCCGACCUUGUCAACAACAUUGGUACCAUUGCCAAGUCCGGUACCAAGGCCUUCAUGGAGGCUCUCUCUUCCGGCGCCGACAUUUCCAUGAUCGGUCAGUUCGGUGUCGGUUUCUACUCGGCCUACCUUGUUGCCGAAAAGGUUCAGAUCAUCACCAAGAACAACGACGACGAGCAGUACAUCUGGGAGUCGGCCGCUGGUGGUACCUUUACCAUCACCCAGGACACGGUCAACCCUUCCAUCGGCCGUGGUACCGAGAUGCGCCUCUUCCUCAAGGAGGACCAGAUGGAGUACCUCGAGGAGAAGCGUAUCCGCGAGAUUGUCAAGAAGCACUCCGAGUUCAUCUCUUACCCCAUCCAGCUCCUUGUCACCAAGGAGGUCGAGCGCGAGGUCGAGGAGGAGACCGACGAGACUGCCGAUGAUGACGAGAAAAAGGCUAAGAUCGAGGAGGUGGAUGACGAGGAUGCCAAGAAGGACAAGAAGGACAAGCCCAAGAAGAAGGUUAAGGAGCUCCAGACCGAGCAGGAGGAGCUCAACAAGACCAAGCCCCUCUGGACUCGUGACCCCAAGCAGAUCACGGCCGACGAGUACUCGGCCUUUUACAAGUCGCUCUCCAACGACUGGGAGGACCACCUGGCGGUCAAGCACUUUUCCGUCGAGGGUCAGCUCGAGUUCAAGGCUCUCCUCUUUGUCCCCAAACGUGCUCCCUUUGACCUCUUUGAGACCAAGAAGAAGCGCAACAACAUCAAGCUCUACGUUCGUCGUGUCUUUAUCAUGGACGACUGCGAAGACAUUAUCCCCGAGUAUCUCAACUUUGUCAAGGGUAUCGUCGACUCUGAGGACUUGCCUCUCAACAUCUCGCGUGAGACUCUUCAGCAGAACAAGAUUCUCAAGGUCAUUCGCAAGAACGUCGUCAAGAAGACUCUCGAGAUGAUUAGCGAGAUUGCUGAGGACAAGGACAACUUUGCCAAGUUCUACGAGGCCUUUGGCAAGAACCUCAAGCUCGGUAUUCACGAGGACGCCACCAACCGUGCCAAGCUUGCCGAGUUCCUCCGCUUCCACUCGACCAAGUCGGUUGAGGAGAUGACCUCGCUCAAGGACUACAUCACUCGCAUGCCCCAGGAUGGCAAGAACAACCAGAUCUUCUACCUCACCGGCGAGUCGCUCAGCUCCAUCCGUGACUCUCCCUUCUUGGAGCGCUUGAAGAAGAAGGGUCUCGAGGUUCUGCUCAUGGUCGACCCCAUCGACGAGUACGCUGUUACCCAGCUCAAGGAGUUUGAGGGCAAGAAGCUUGUCUGCGUUUCCAAGGAGGGUCUCGAGCUCGAGGAGUCGGACGAGGAGAAGAAGCAGCGUGAGGAGGACACCAAGAACUGCCAAGACCUCUGCAAGAACGUCAAGGAGAUCCUUGGCGACAAGGUUGAGAAGGUUGUUGUCUCGAACCGUAUCGUCGGCUCGCCUUGCGUUCUCGUCACCAACACCUUCGGCUGGUCGGCCAACAUGGAGCGUAUCAUGAAGGCUCAGGCUCUUCGUGACUCGAGCAUGUCGCAGUACAUGGCUGCCAAGAAAACGCUUGAGCUCAACCCCUCCAACCCGAUUGUCAAGGAGCUUGCCGCCAAAUCGAGCCAGGACAAGGAGGACACCACGGUCCGUGAUCUUACUGUGCUCCUCUACGAGACUGCUCUCCUCACCUCGGGCUUCACCCUGGAGCAGCCGCACGACUUUGCCAACCGUCUCUACAAGCUCAUCUCGCUCGGUCUCUCGAUCGACGAGACUGGCAUCGACGCCGAUGCUUCCGACGACAAGGCCGAGGCCGCUGUCGAGGAGGUUGCUGGCCAGUCGGCCAUGGAGUCGAUUGACUAA